AUGGCUACCUCGGCCCCCGCCAACCCUCUUCUCUCGAAUCAGAAGAGUUCCGAACUUCAGGCUGUCCUUCACCCUCUCGUUCUUCUUACCAUCUCCGACUAUAUCACGCGGCAUACUCUUCGUCAGCAGCAGGGUCCUAUCAUUGGCGUCUUGUUAGGCCAGCAGAAUGGCCGCGAAAUCACAAUCGAGCAUGCUUUCGAAGCCCAUACUCGCCAGGAGCCCAGUGUACAAGGCGGAUACCUACUUGAUGGUGACCGAUUCAGCACACGUCUAGAGCAGAUGAUCACCGUCCACAAAGACAGACAACUCGACCUUGUCGGAUGGUAUACCCUUCUACCAUCUUCCGGCCCUACCUCGACUAUUCUUCCCGUUCAUAAUCAAAUUCUUCAAGGCUGGAACGAGUCGGCCAUACUUCUGGGUUUCCACCCAGAACAGGUCCUUGAUCAUUCUGUCGGCGGCAAGCUCCCUCUGACCAUUUACGAAAGCAACUACGAGGUCGAUGAUCCAAAAACUGAUAAUGAUGGCGAGGAUAAGAAGAUGGACGAUGGAGAACCUACGCUCAAGCUCAAGUUCAAAGAGCUACCAUACACCGUCGAGACUGACGAAACCGAAAUGAUAAGCAUGAACUACGUCGCUGCUUCGGGAGGAAACGCGGCAGCUGCUGUUCCCAAGGAAGACAAGCCAUCUCUCUCAAUCGAAUCAAAUGGCAAAGGAAAGCGCCGACUCGUCGAAAGCCAGGACGAAGAGAAAGAUGUUGCUCAAGAGGAUGAGGUUGCACUUACGCCAGAGGAGGAUGAGAUGAUCGCCGCCCUGACUGCAAAGGCAAACGCCAUCAAGAUGCUCCAGUCCCGACUCCAUCUGCUCACGACAUAUCUCGAGCGCCUUCCCCCUUCCUACGUCAAUGGGGACGCUACCGAUCCUAGUAGCAUGGAUACCGACUAUACCACCCCGUCACCAACCGUUCUACGUCGUAUUCAAGCUCUCGUGAGCCGCCUGGACCUUGUCAUUCCUUCCGACAAACCCUCGUUCGAGCGAGAGAUGCUCCACGAGGCCAACGAUGUGAACUUGGUGAGACUACUCAACGGAAUCGUGCAGAGCCUGGGUCAAGCUCGCGACGUAGGCAAGAAGUUCCACGUUGUUGAGGCUGCAAAGGCUACACAUCGUCGUGGUGCAGCUGCUCCCAGUCAAGAGUUCGCUGACCCAUCCUUCAAUAUCCGUGGGGCUGGUGAUAUUCUAAUCUAG